AUGUCUGAAAUAGAUAGUAAUUUUCCUGAAUAUUGUAGUGAUGAAGAAGAUUUAUACAAUCAAGAAUUUGAUGAUGAAAUAGAAGAAAAUAGUAAUAUCUAUAAUGAUGAUGAAAAAAAUAUAAAUGAAGAUAUUGAAAAUGAAGAUGAUCAAGUUAAUGAAUUGGAUAUAGAAGAUAAACAAUUUGAAGAAGCAACUAUUAUACUUUCAUCACAAAAAUAUUCUACAAUUGCAUAUGCAUAUAUUAUUUUAUUAGCAAUUAAAAAAGAUUUGGAAUCUGAUAAAGGAAAUAAUUAUAUUUUACAAGAUGUUGUUAAUAAUAUGUUUGAUAAACUUAUAAUUUAUUGGGAUGAAUUAGAAGAAUCAAUUCAUAUAUCUGCUUUUUUGGAUCCAAGAUAUAAAAAAUAUUGUUUUUUGAACAAAACUACAGAAGAAAUUUUUUUACCAAUUCAAGAAAAGUUAACAAAAUAUCAACCUAAAAACUUAAAUUUACAAUCACCUAAAAAAAUUUCAAGUUUUUUUCAAUGUUUAAAAGAAAAUACUCAAAUUGAUGAACAAAAUGAUGAAGUUUAUAAAUAUUGGAUAUUAUCUGAAGCAAGUAAAAUAUUAAUCCUUUAG